AUGAAGUCCUCCGCGACGGACAAGGUCUUGAAGAAGCGGCGGCUGGCCGAGCGGACGCCCAAGCCGAAGGGCGCUCCCGCCGCCGCCAGCGCCGCCGCUCCUCCUCCCGCCGCCGCUCCCGCCGCCUCCUCCUCCGGCCGGGCGUGGACCGUGUCGCUCGCGCUGCCCGGCUCGAUCGUCGACAACGCGCAGACGCAGGAGCUGCGCAGCCACCUGGUCGGCCAGGUCGCUCGCGCGGCCACCAUCUUCAACGUCGACGAGAUUGUCGUCUUUUCCAGCGACGGCGCGUCGCCCGCGGCUCCGCAGCGCACAGACGGCUCGGUCUUUAUGGCGCGGCUGCUGCAGUACCUCGAGUGCCCGCAGUACCUGCGAAAGGCCAUCUUCCCGAUGCACCCCGACCUCCGCUGCGUCGGACUGCUCGCGCCGCUCGAUGCAGCCAACCACCCGCGCGCGACGGAGCAGCCUCAUCUCGGAGAAGGGCGGCUCCAAGGACGGCCGCUCGGUGUGGACCGCCGGCUGCCCGCGGGGACGCGGGUGACGGUGCGGAUGCCGUCGCGGCCGGGCGAGCCGGCGGCGGUGGUGCCUCCGCGCGAGCCGCGCGAGAAGCUGGGGCUGCACUGGGGCUUCUCGGUCCGGCUCGCCAAGGACCUGCCCUCCGUCUGGUCCGAGUGCCCCUUUGGUGGCGGGUACGACCUGUCGCUCGGAACCUCGGACAAGGGCGACUCGGACUGGCUGCAGGGGGAGGGCUUCCGGCUUCCCGCCUUCAAGCACUUGCUCAUCGUCUUUGGCGGCGCCUCGAGCCCGUCCCCUUCCGCGUCGCGCGAGCAGGCGCUCUUCGACCUCUACCUCAACCUCUGCCCCGGGCAGGGCUCUCGCACGAUCCGGACCGAGGAGGCGCUGCUCGUCGGCCUGGCCGCCCUCCAGCCGCACACACGCCGGGCGGGCGCGAGCUGA